AUGCUUCGAACUACAAUCGUUUGCUUAAUUGCCUUAGCUUUGCAGAUAUCUGCAUUGCCUAAAUAUAUUGAAAAUCUUGAACGUGAUUUAGCAUCAUUACCUGAAGAAUAUCAAUAUUUGGCUAAAGAAAUCAAUUCGAAGCGUGCAGCUGAUAAUGAAGGAAAUACUGAUGCAUAUUGUUGUAAGAAUUGGCAACAUAUUAAUAAUGAUGAAGUAGUUACUGGAGUUCAAACAUCAUUAGUACCACAAACACAUACGGUUACAAUUGGUUAUAAAGAUUGUCAUGGAAAUUUUAAUCCAACUCGUCCACAAAUACCAAUUCCAGAUUCAUCAAACCGUCCAACAAGAAAUGGAACAACACCUUCAACUCCUUUAGAAACAACAACUCUAUGUCUGUGGACAGCAGUUAAUAAGACAGAAACUUAUAUGGCUACUCAAUAUACAACUGUAACAUAUCUUGUACCGAAUUCACAUACAUAUUGUGCUCCAGAAGAUUAUAAAUGUUGUCCAAAUUAUGUUAUGAUGAAUAAUAAUUGUGUUGAUCAAUCUGUCGUUGCAAAUCUUGAAUUUCUCAUGCAACUUGGUUUAAUUAGUGGUGUUGGAAAAAAAUAA